AGCGUUUGAGUGUUUGACCUUAUUAUAUACCAACCAAAAUAAAAUAAAUAAAUAAAUCACCAAAAUGGCAAAAUCUUUCUCAAACUCAACUCUCUUAACACAAACCACACACCUUUAAAUAUAAAAAAAAUCUCCACAAACUCAAUCUUCACUUUCACAACAUUCAUUCAUUCAUUUUUCAUCUUCAAUGGCUAAACAAAAAAAACUAAAAACUCUCACAAACAAUCUCAAAGACAAAGCUUCAGUAAUCUACGCAUUACUCUCCAUCAAACGCCACGUGUCAUCCAUCCAACUCAACAUCCUCCGUGCAACUUCCCACACCCUCUCAUCUCCACCGUCCGAUUCACAAAUCACCGCCGUACUCACCACCGCCAACACCUCCCACACUCUCCCUCGCGCCUGCAUCAACUCUCUCAUGGAUCGUCUUCACCGAACCAAAAACUCAACCGUCGCAUUAAAAUGUCUCUUCACUCUUCAUAACAUCACAAUCAAAGGCUCUUUCAUUCUUAAAGAUCAAUUAUCUUGUUACCCUUCUUAUGGUGGUUAUAAUUUUCUUAAUCUUUCUACUUUUCGUGAUGACUCGGAUUUUGAAUCGGUUCAACUCAGUUCUUGGGUUCGUUGGUAUGCAACUAUUGUCGAACAAAUUUUAACCGUUUCAAGAAUCUUGGGUUAUUAUCUAAACACUAAUACUUCAACGAAUUCAACAAAAGACAAAGAUUUUGUAUUGGGUUUACGUUUGUCGAGUUUGUCGAAUGCUGAUUUGUUAUAUAAGAUAGAAUGUUUGGUUGUUUUUGUUGAACAAGUUAGUGAUGUUCCUGAAUCAUUGGAAUUACAGAGAAAUGAAUUGGUUUAUGAGAUUGUGAGAAUGGUUGGUGAAGAUUAUAGAAAAGUGCAAGGUGAGAUUUUGUUCAGAUUAGAAGAACUUGGGAGAAGAAUUGAAGAAGAUUUUGAUGUGGGUGAGUUGAACGAGUUAGUGAGUUAUUUGAAGAGAUUAGAAGAAAGUAAAGAAAACUUGGUGCUUUUGUUUGUGAAUAGGAGAAAAAAUAAUGGGUUUUGGGAAUUGAUUAAGGAGAUAAAGAUGAAAGGGUUGAAGAAGAAGGAGGAGAUUGAAGGGAAAUGGAUUACGGUGGUGGUGAAUAGUAGUAACACGGUGGUGACUGAGUUGACUCGGUUUACAAAUCCGUUUCUUGAACCGGGACAAUAUUUGCAGGUCCCACCAAAUUUUGCAACGGUAAGGUGACAUAUGGCAACGGUCGUUUUACUUUUCUUUUUUUGUCUGUAAAAAUAUUCAACAAAGUUGAGUUGGUCUAUCUUUUUCUUUUGUAUUUUUUUGAAUAUUUUUUCUACUUUUUAUUUUGGAAUUUGCACCUUCCAGUUGGAGGGAGGUGUGAUGAAAUUCUUUUUGUUGAUUUUUUUUUGGAGUGGGGUUCUCUGCGGUUGUGUGCAUAAUUAAAGUGGAAACCUAGUAUAUACAGAUUAUAACUUUUGUAA